AUGCCAAGGGCCAACAAAGGUAUGAGGCCCGAGAGCCUCGAGCCAGAAGCUCACCCCAGCGGAAUACCGAGCCGCGCAGGACAUGUCGAGGGCCAACAAAGGUAUGAGGCCCGAGAGCCUCGAGCCAGAAGCUCAGGGGAAUACCGAGCCGCGCAGGACAUGUCAAGUGCCAUCCAAAAUUUUGAGGCCCGAGAGCCGAGAGCCAGAAGCUCACCCAAGGGGAAUGCUGAGCCGCGCAGGACAAUUCAAGGGAUCUUGCUCUAG